AUGCAGGGCGACCCCAUCUACAAGUGUGCUAUUGCGUGCCGGCAGCUGGAAAUCACCCGUGACGUCCCAGGCCACCCCACCGAGAUGUCCCGGCCGGUGCUUCCACCCGGUUCCGCUGCUGCCUGUGUGGUCCUCCUGCUUGGCUGUGCCUGGCUCAGCUCAGCCACCCAAUUCUCCCCAGCGCAUAGCAAAGGGCGAGUCUUGAUCCCCCUCGUUCCCCAAGAAGAAGCCAAGUGCCCCAGUGCCUCUGUGGAAAGUUUUCUCAACAGCACCCUCACCACUCGCCUCCUCCCUGCCCUCUACUCUGUGGUCCUGCUUGUGGGGCUGCCGGCCAAUGCUCUGGCCUGUUGGGUUCUGGUGAUCAACUUCAGAAGAUGUUCCAGCACCCUCUUCCUGCUCAACCUGGCCAGUGCUGACCUGCUCUUUGUCCUCCUGCUGCCCUUCAAGAUCUCCUACCACCUGUUGGGCAAUCACUGGCUCUUUGGGGACUACCUGUGCCGCACCAUGGUGGCCUUCUUCUACGGGAACAUGUACAGCUCCAUCCUCUUCCUCACCUGUAUUGGCCUGGAGCGCUACAUCUCUGUGGUACACCCGUUCCUGUGGAAGGGCUCCAGUUGGACACGGGGCAAGGCAGGUGUCUGUGUGGCCAUCUGGCUGGUGGUGGGGCUGGGCAUGAGCCCUCUGCUUUUGCACCCCCAGAUACAUCAUAUCUCGAGCCUGAACAUCACAACGUGCCACGAUGUCCUAGAAAAGGAUAAACACAUGUUUCUCGUCUACUAUUUCCUCUCCCUGGUGGGAGUGGGCUUUGGCUUGCCCUUCGUGCUCAUGACCAUCUCCUACAGCUGCAUCCUGGUGCAGCUUCUGGCCAAGGGGAAACGCUACGGGCAGUUGGUACGUGUCCUGGCCCUGGUCCUCCUGGUCUUCAUCCUCUGCUUCACCCCCAGCAACGUGCUGCUCUUCAUCCACUACAUGCUGGAGGCCACGGGGUGCCACAACAUCACUUACAUCUGGUAUGCCCUCGCCCUGGUGCUCAGCGCCUUCAACAACUGCUUCGAUCCCUUCAUCUACUUCUACAUUUCUGAGGAUUUUCGGGGCUGGGUCCGGGAUGCAGUCAGCUGCUGCCCAGGAGGGCUCAAGACCUCUUCAGGGAGGGCUUCGGAGAAGAUAGCCUUGCCCCUGAGGUCCAGCGAGCAGAGCCAGCUGUAG